CUUCUGGCCUCUCAAGUACCUGAGUCCUAACUUCUGCCAAGCAAUGAUGCGUGGGGUUUACAUUCUGCUCGUUGCUGUGAUCACUCUCCUUGCAAGCUGCGACGCUGCUUCGACAAACAAGCUGCAGCUUUCCCGAAAGGCGACAUCGAAUCGUAUCCAGUCGUUUGAUAUGGUAGGUGCCAGCAAGAGCACCCGAUUUCUAAGGGUCUGGCACUUCGAUGGCGACGACCUGAAAAUACUUCCACUGAGCGAGGUGAAAGGGAUUCUAGAGCAUCAAUCCAGGCAGAAACAAUAUUUUGCGGCGUGGGAUGAAGGGGGCGUCACCGUUAAGAACCUGGCAAAGUCCCUGAAUCUCAAUAGUAGUAAUGUCAAGUGGCUGCGUGAGUUCUUGAACCGAAACAAGAAGGACCAAGUCACGUUGCUGGAGAAGUAUGGUGAGCACCUGGCAGCGCUCAAGAAGAACCCCGUAGGCGCAUAAAAAUACGAUCUUAGGCCAGGUAAAGCGCCCAAGGUAUCCAGAUAGGUAAACCUAACAAAGUCGCGCCUUGCACGAAGAAGCUCUGAAAAUUCCUCAUUAGCGAAUACUUAACUAAGUAUUUAAUAUUCGCUCGACACACCCGAAAUGACCACGGUCAUGCAAUUAUUUCGAUG